UUUUAUUUUGCCAGAGGUGUAUCCGAUGGUUAAUGUACAUUCGUAACAUUACUGUAUCAUUACAUCAAUACAUCAUUACAUGUACCAAAGCCUACGCUGUCUAGCCCUAGAAGGAGCACCGCAGUUUUUAUUUGCAUUGAUAUUGAACUAACCUUUAGAGCAGAAUUCACGAAGUUAAAGAGUAGCAAGAAGUAGAAAUCAACAAACAUGGCAGGACCUACAGGAGAUGAUGAGGUUGAUAGCAAAUUACAAGAAUGGUUGAAUCUUGAUCGAAAUGAGAGCACCAGAGCAGAAAUCCAACAGAUAGUGGACAAGGGGAAUGUGGAACACCUCAGGCGUGUUUUGUUGAAGAGAAUGGAGUUCGGAACUGCAGGUUUGAGAUCUCGUAUGGGAGCAGGAUUUUCUCAGAUGAAUGAUGUGACAAUCAUACAAACCUCACAGGGACUUAGUAAGUAUUUACUGAAGACUUGUCCAGAGGUGAAGAAGAAGGGCGUUGUCAUUGGAUACGAUGGGCGAUACAACAGUCAGAGAUUUGCAUCUUUGGCUGCAGCAGUUUUGAUCCACGACGAGAUUCCUGUGUACCUCUUCUCAGCAAUUUGUCCAACACCAUACGUUCCGUACUCUGUACUUCACUACAAAACAGAGUGUGGAAUCAUGGUGACAGCUUCCCACAACCCUAAGGAUGAUAACGGCUACAAAGUUUACUGGGGAAAUGGUGCGCAGAUCAUUUCACCAACUGACAAAGGGAUAGCAGAGUCCAUUCUGCAAAAUCUAGAGAUCCUAGAUUCGUCCUGGGCCACCUCCACUGUUAGAUCCUCCCCUCUCUGCAAGGAUCCCUCGGCCACCAUCUUAGAGGCUUACAACAAAGAUCUUUCUUCGCUGUGUUACUUCAAAGAGAAGAAUCAGUGUAGCCCUGUGACGUUUACCUACACUGCAAUGCAUGGUGUGGGAUAUGAAUUUGUUAGGAAGGCGUGUCAUAGCUUUGGAUUUGUGGAACCGAUACCAGUUCAGGAGCAGAUUCUACCGGACCCCGACUUUCCUACAGUGAAAUAUCCUAACCCUGAGGAGGGUGAGGGAGCUUUGCUGCUUGCCAUGAAGACUGCAGAUGAAAACAACAGCCAAGUCAUUCUGGCCAAUGAUCCUGAUGCUGACCGACUUGCCAUAGCUGAGAAACUUCCUGAUGGAAAGUGGCACAUCUUCUCAGGGAAUGAAACUGGUGCUCUUUUUGGCUGGUGGAGCUGGUUUUCCUUUGUACAGAGGUACCCUGAGUUCCCAGUUAGUGACCUAUACAUGUUGGCCAGUACUGUGUCUUCCAAGAUCCUUCAGACUAUUGGAAACAAGGAGGGAUUCAACUUUGAGGAAACUUUGACAGGAUUCAAGUGGAUGGGUAACCUGGCAACAGAACUACAAACGCAGGGCAAAACUGUUUUAUUUGCCUUUGAAGAAGCCAUAGGGUUUAUGUGUGGUACACAUGUUUUGGACAAGGAUGGUGUUUCAGCAGCCAUGGUCAUGUCUGAACUGGCCACUUACUUGUACAACAAUGGUACAACAUUAUACAACAAAUUGGAGGAAAUCUACAAGACAUAUGGCUAUCAUCUGUCUAACAACUCCUACUAUAUUUGCCACGAACCUGACAAGAUCAAACAAAUGUUUGAGGAAAUCAGGAAUUACAAUAACACAGGAAAGUAUCCAGCAUCCUGUGGACAAUAUAAAAUCAAAUACAUCCGGGACUUAACUGUAGGAUAUGACAAUAGCAAACCAGAUUGUAAGCCAGUGUUGCCAGUUAGCAAAUCAAGUCAGAUGAUCACAUUUACCUUUGAAAAUGGGUGUGUUGCCACGCUGAGAACUAGUGGAACUGAGCCAAAAAUCAAGUAUUACACAGAGGUCAAACCAGAUCCCCAGAAAGGAAUGGAUAGACUGGGAGCUCAGAAGGAAUUGGAUGACAUUGUCAAGUGCAUCAUCAAAUUCUUCUACCAACCGGAAAAAUUUGGUUUUAUUCCGAGACCGUUGUGAGGACUUGGCCUUGUUUUACCAGAGGUUUUUUUACCUUUUAUGAAUGGAUUAUUGUAGGAUUCGGUGAUUUGCAGGUCAUAAAUAUGGAUUGUUGAGUCCCACUUUUGUUGUUUGUUUCAAGAAUUAUGUUACUAGAAUUUAGAAAGAAUUUAAAGUCUAUAAAGCAUAUUUAACAAACUAUUAUUUUCUCUUUUUCCAAUGUAAUCUGUUUAUCACUUGGCUGUGUAGUGCUAAAUUACUAUUCAUUUUUUAGCUGUUUUACAUGAUGUAUAUGAUGAUGGAAUCUCAAAAGACACUUAGGCAAGAGGAAAAUACAGUUCUAUAUGCAUCUUUUGUAUUUGAACAACUUGAACACAGUUUUCAGUCAACACAAAUUGUAUCUUAACACAUUUAUUUACAUUUCCAUUCAUUUUACCUUUGAUAUCUCUACAAAUUGUAAUGAUGAAUGAGUUGUAAACAAUGUGUGAAUAAUGAUGAAUGAGUUGUAAACAAUGUGUGAAUAUAGUGCAUCUAUGUUGACUGCUGGGAAGACUGCUGGAAAUUCCAACAGAAAUGAAAGUAGAAUGUAAAUUAUAGAAAUAUCCACACUUUUUAGGAAGUAUACCGGUGUGCAGCAUCACAGUUCAUGCUCUCAUGUAUUUUUCAAAAGCGAAAUUUAUAUUAGUAUAUACUUGUACUAGCUGAUACUGCCAAAGUUCUUUGAGGCAGAGAAUGUAAUCCUGGCCGAUUCAAGUUGUUGGACUUGUGUUUUCUUGAUUUUAUGACAAUUUACACAACACACAAACGCAUCAACCCAGUUAUUGCAUGUUUCAUCUUGUGCACAAAGAAAACACCAAUUAAGGAAUGAAUUAUUACAAAACACCCAUAAAACAUGAUGUGGUUUACUAUGAAAGUUUCACACAAUUUCUUUUAUUAUUCUUUCUCACUGCACUGUGUUUUUCUAUACUAGUUCAUAUUGAAUUUUACAGGUGGGAAAUUGGUCAAAUGAUUACAAAGUGAUAUUUAGAGAAACUAAUUUUACCUUGCACAGGAAAAAUUAAUAAAUAUAAAAUUAUAUCAAACUUGCAGACUGCACAGAGCUUCAAUAUUUUCUGUAGAAAUCAUACUCACAUGAAUGAUAUAUAAAACAUAGAAGUAAUAUCUAGGUCACUCUUACACUAGAUAAAUUCUAUGAUUUAUAUAUCAUUCAUGUGAGUAUAUUUUUUUUUGCAGUAAACAUUGAUGCUAAAAUUAUAUAUUAGAUUAAUUUUCAAUUUUAGGAAAGAAAAUUUGGAGAGAUAGAUUCUUGUGGCAUAUUUAUACAAAUGUAUUUGGUCUAAAUCGUAGUGAGUUUUCAUCAAUAGUUAGCAUCAAAAGAGGUUAUUUACAUUUUUUUUGCUUUGCAGCUGAGUGCAAACAUGCCAAACAGAUAUUUCCAUAAAAGUGUUUGGAAAUUUUGUAUUUUUCACUUCAUUUCCAGUCAGAAAAUUUAACUAUUAAUGUAAAAGAACAUCUAGCGUUUUCAAAUUUUAUUCAAAGUAACAUUGUGUCAAAUGAGAUUUGUUAAGUGCAUGUGCACUUGCAUUAUCGCACAUUUAUCAGUGUACUGUUACAAAACAUUCCCAUAAAGAUACACAUACAAGACUACACUGGUUAGGAUAACCCAGGUGGACAAAUUCCUAUACUUUGUAUUCCAGAUAUAUAUGAUGUUAUUUUAAAUUAUGCUGUGCAUGUUAAAUUAUUGUGUGGAAAUAACCUGCUGUUAUGAAUGAUUGGCAGCCGCUGUCCUUUAUAAGGGAUAGGAACAUUUUGUUUAAUGAUUAUUUGCAUGUAUGUGUUGCUAGUUAGUCUGUUAUUGUUAAAUUAUCAAACUUCA